CAGUGAUAUGUAUAAAGAUUGAAAAAAAAAAAGGUGAGUUUGAUUCAGUAAGAGAGAAUUAAAUGUUACUGGUAAGAGAAGGGCAAUGAUACGUGUUGAUGUAGGAAACGCGUGGUUCUGACGCAGAAAAGGACCUUUUUGGAAUGACAUCUUCUGACCUGUGAAACUAGCUCUCUCUCAUCACGUUCUGAUAUAUCGCUGCAAUAAAUUGCAAAAGUAGGCUUUUUUCUGGUUGGAUGAUGAUGCAGUGCAGAGGUCAUGGACAUGGACCCUCUCUGUUGUUGUUGUUGUAUGUAGAUGGACCACGAAGGUGUCAAAUCCGAACCCCUAAUAAACCAUACAAUAAAAAUUCUUGCCCCCUCUUCUUUUUCCAGCAAAUUCUCUUUUGGUGAAGAUCAAGUGCAAUUCUUUUUAGUCUUUAAUACCUGUCUUUGAUUAAAUUAAAUGAACAACACUCUUGCUUCUACUGCUCUACUCUCUUUAUUGCCUUUGACUUUUGCCAAUUUCCUAUGCUCUUCCCCUUUUUCUCAUUUCCCCCUCUCCAUCAAAAAUAUAAUAAUUACUUCGCAAAAUCUCUUAAUUAUUUACACCAAAACCUAUACCUUUUACUGAAAUCAUAUCAUAUAUUCUUAAUAUAGGACUACAAAGUAAACGAAAAAAGAUUGUGAAGUGUGUUUAUAUUAAAAUUUUCCCAAAACUUGGGGGGAAAAAGUAUCUCAUGUAUAUGUACCUUUUGCUCCAAGGAUGGUACUAGGUUUUGAAUUUCUGCAAUAAUUAGCCAAAUCAAUGCUUAAUUAUGUAGAGCCAUAGAUAGAGAAGUACCUGUGGCUAAGCGAGGGCAGUGAAGUAAUUUAGCGUGGGAAAGAAGAUGGUCACAGAGACAAUUUGAGACGAAUGAAACGAUCACGUUGUGUGAACGGGGAUUGGUUUGAAAAAAUCUGUAGGAAAGUGCUUCCUGUUUCUAUAAAUAAUCCCUGCCCAAUGCUAAUUACCAACACUCCCACCAUAGCAUACUGUUCCAAACCCCACCGCAACCCAUUGUCUAUAUUAAUUAUCAUCUUCGUCUUCCUCUUCUCCCACUUCUCUCUUCUCCUCAUAAACUUCCCUUUAGAACUUGCAGACACUGUUUUUUCUUUCCUUUUACAGUUUGGAAGAGGGACCAGUUUUUUUCCAGUGACCUUCUUCGUAUACAUUGUCCUUCUUUUUUGUUACAUCUGUUGCAGAACCCUCCUCUUUUGGCUUGCCAGUCUUCCGGUAAAACGACGCUGGAGAUUAAGGUUUUGCCAAAACCAUGGACGGAAUGCAAGAAAGAAACUCACAGCUUGGAACUGAUAUUGGUUCCUCCUUAUCAAAGCUCAUAUUAACCAGUGGCUCAAACACCCUCGACUCAAUCUUCUCAGAUUGUCCCCCAACAAACGCCACCAGUAGCAACUCCGUGUUGGAUUAUUUAGAACCCUUUGGAUCUUCCGGGUUUGAGCCUUUGGGCUCUUCCGUUUACCUUCGCCAGAGGGACAUCCUCCAAAAGUUCUACCAAGAAAGCCGAGGGAACGGGAACGGGAACGGCAACGGCAACGGUUCUCUUCUUCCCACUUCCUUCGCAAACCCGUCUAUAAAUUCUCUUUACACUGCUUCGUUGACUUCUUCUUUGACCAACCCUUCCAAGAAAAAGCUCUACAGGGGAGUGAGACAGAGACACUGGGGCAAAUGGGUCGCCGAAAUUAGACUUCCCCAGAACAGGAUGAGAGUGUGGUUGGGCACCUACGACACCGCCGAAGCAGCCGCCUACGCCUACGACCGUGCCGCGUAUAAGCUACGUGGAGAGUACGCGCGUUUGAAUUUCCCCAAUUUGAAGGACCCGACCAAGCUGGGGUUCGGAGAUUCCGCCAGAUUGAACGCCUUGAAGAGCUCCGUCGACGCCAAAAUCCAGGCCAUAUGCCAGAAGGUGAAAAGGGAGAGAGCCAAAAAGAUCGCCGCCAAGAAGCUCAGUUCUGCCACCGCUCACGCCAACCGCAAGGAGAGCGAGAAGAUAAAUUCCUCCGCUUCCUCCUCGUCGUCGUCGCUGCCCCUGUCACCGCCGUCGAUUUUUUGCGAUAAUUGGGCGAACGAGUUGUUUUCGCCGACCGUUUCGGAGGAUGGGAUUUGGAAGGGGGAGAACUCGCCGACCUCGGUUUCGACGGAGUGUCCAAUGAUGGUAACAGACGAGACGGAGUUCGAAGGUUGUUCUCUGGCGAGGUUACCUUCUUUCGAUCCCGAGUUGAUUUGGGAAGUUCUGGCCGUUUGAUAGAAUGUUUGUUAGAUGAUGUGUAUAAUAUGAAAACGAAAAUAUCAGUGUUGUGUGGUUUUGUUAUGGUUUUUGUCUGGUGAGAGAGCGGUUUCUUAGCAUUUUGAGUGGAAUUGCUAUGGCUGCCGUUAGGGCCUUGGUUUUUUGCUCAAA